GACACGCAGAUAUGCAACAAGUCUGUACCGCUUUUAGUUCGAUACAAGUUUGAAAUUUGUCCUUCGCAGUAUGUAAAUAAAUCUGUGGACUCUGAUUUGUUACAUCAGACAUUUUUUCUAUGAUCACGAGUUUAUCCUGAAACAUCGCGAUUUUCAUAGUGCAUUUUACAUCAGUUCUGUUAGCGGUUGUGAAUAGAAGAUACGCAGUAGAAGAUACGCAAACAAGCAAUUAUGAUUCGUUGGCGUGGUAAAACCGCAGUCGUUACCGGCGCUGGAUCCGGCAUCGGCGAAGCAAUUACACGUGCUCUUCUGCAAAACGAAGUGAACGUGGUUGCUCUGGAUAUCCGGAAAGAAAGAUUAGCAAAACUCGAUACGGAAUGUAAGCAGGAACGUUCCCGAAGCUUGGGCACGUUACAUACUAUAUGCUGCGAUAUAAAUCGCGAGGAGGAGAUCGAUGCAGCAUUCUCGCAUGUCGAGACGUUAGGUGGUGUGGAUAUUAUGGUCAAUAAUGCUGGCAUUGUCGAAAUUUCACGAAUAAUAGAGAGUGACAGGAAGGCAUUUGAAAGAAUGUUAGAUACUAAUGUUCUCGCAGUUGCCGUGUGUACGAACAAAGCAGUGCGUUUGAUGCGCAAACGAAACGUCGAAGGGCAUAUUUUUAAUAUUAUCAGCGUUGCUGGUCAUUACGUAGUGCCGGCUAGUGUGGGAUUAAAUUUGUACACUGCUAGUAAAUAUGCAAUUCGUGCUCUAACUCAAACCGUACGACUCGAAAUAGCGGAAAUUAAGGCUCCUAUUCGAGUUACCACCAUUAGUCCUAGUUCUGUAAAAACAGAUAUAUCUGAACAUUCGGAUACAAUGAAUGAGAAAGUAGAUGUAAUUUUUCAACCAUCAGACAUAGCGGAUGCUAUCAUUUACGCUCUUGGAACGCGACCGGAAGUUCAGAUUACGCAUGUUACCAUUCAAUCCACCGGGGAGGCUCUACACUGAGAGUUACAGAACAGUAAUCGUUGAAUUUUCGUUCAUUUUAACUUUUAAUAUUAACACACAAAUACAUCCUAAAAAUAUAAUGUCAGUUAAAACAUAUAUUAUAGUAACAUCUAAAGAUCAAGAUCGUAAACAGUAUUGUUUGAAAGAAUAAAUAAUUACUGAAAAGUUUCUUUUUUCAAGAAUGUACGUUUUUAUAACCAUUAAUGUAUUCAUUACAAAUAACUAUCAUUACUAUUUUCAGUAUUCGUUCUAUCGCACAAUCUCAGAAAUACGAGAUCAAUUAGUUACUAUAUGCUGCAGUAACUUGCAUUAUAUCGUAAACGCCCGAUUAGCUCAGCAUUAGUAAAAAAUUAAGAAUCUUGCCGGAAUCUUAGAUUUGAAUCCUGUUGUAUCAAAUGCGUCUUUAAAUAUUGUAAAACAUUACACAA